AUGGGCAAGGCGUUGGAUCAAAUCUCCCGGUCGCCUUUCACACGCAGAAUUGAGCGAGCAAAACUCCCCCGGCGGUUCACUCAGCUCACGUUUACCAUGUAUAAUGGCAGGACAAAUCCCGUAGAGCAUGUAAGCCACUUCAAUCAAAGAAUGGCCGUUCAUUCUAGAGACGAAACCCUGAUGUGCAAGGUCUUCCCAUCCAGCCUAGGACCCGUAGCAAUGAGAUGGUUUGACAGCCUGAAGGUCGAUUCCAUAAACUCCUUUAAGGAGCUCACCCAGGUGUUUGGUUCUCGCUUCGUCACCUGCAACAAAGUCCCUCGGCCCUUAUCUUCCCUACUAUCCUUGAGUAUGAGAAAGGGAGAAACCUUGAAAACAUACUCGGACAGAUACUGGGAGAUGUACAAUGAGAUGGACGGUAACAUUGAAGACAUCGCCAUCAACACCUUCAAGAGCGGCCUCUCGACCGAGCAUGGUUUAAGGAAGUCCCUAACGGGAAAACCUAUCACGAAUUUGCGCCAACUCAUGGACCAGAUUGACAAGUAUAAGAGGGUCGAGGAAGACCAGCAAUUGGGUAAAGGAAAUGAUAAGGUUAUCCCUUAG